AUGGAUCACUCGGAGCGAUGGCAAAGCAUUGCACCAGCCUCAGAUGAGCCGGGCCAGCGACGCCCAACCUCAGACCGGCGGAAGAAGCGACAGGCUGUUGCCGUGGCGUGCGUGCAGUGCCGGAAUGGGAAGGCCAAGUGUGACGGCACCAGACCCCGAUGCAAUCGAUGCAAGGAGAACGACCUAUCAUGUCAAUACGACGUCGCCGAAGGUGUCUCGCGAGCCGAGCGGAUGAAGAUUAUGAAGAGAGACAGCAUGACUGGCGAGCUGGAUGACCUGAAGCGCAUCGUUACCUCGCUACGCUCCGGGACCGACGACCAGGCCGCCGCUGUCCUCGCUCGAUUAAGGCUCGGUGAAGCACCUGAAGAGGUCGCAAAGACCCUCCCAAUGACAGUAUCCCCGGCGAUAUCCGGCCAACCUCCCAGCUUACUGGGUCAGGAGUCCACGGACACCUCUGGAAGCGGUAUGAGCCACGAAUCGGCAUUUGACACGAGUAAAGGCGCCUCACAGUUUCGAAAAGGCUCCAAUAUCUCCAUGGCGUCACCCACCAGCCAGAACAGAGGCUGGUCACCUUCAGCACCUUCAUCAACGUUUGCGUCGGGCAAGGGAAAACAAGCAGCAACGGCAGAUGGAGCGAACGAUCAUCCCUUCCUAGUCCCGCUGUUCGAUCGAGAGGACUAUCUCCUAACGAGGGACGAGGCUGGGGAAGAGAGUGAAGAGGAAGAUAGGCUUCAGGAAAGCCAGAUUGACCCACGACUUCUGCAGCAAGGAACGAGCUUCGACGGAGUCGGGAACGCGGCACCGUCAUCGAAACCAUCUCGGAGCCAACGGCCCUCACCGCACAGACAAAACACUAUACGCUCGGCAUACCCUACGCAUCUCACUGAUCGACAACCGAUCGUAAACACCAUCAGGAUACACCCAAAUCUCAACCUCCGCAACCUCUUCGGCAACAUGCCAUUCUCCAGUAGCAUCCGAAGUAACCACUAUCCGGGCGACAUUCAAGAGACGCAAAUCACCAACUUGUUUCUACCCACAUGGUCCAUGUUACCCAUAAACACAAUACCGGACCCGGGUUCAUUAAAACGCGCAUUCCCUGGCAUCUACGAACAAGCCACAACACUCAUGAACAUGGGCAUACCCGCCGACCAAAUCAUCGAAACCCACCCCAACAUCGCCGCACUCUGGGACGAAGACAUAUACAACAACUCCGGCAUACUCACCAAAUGGGCAGUCGGCAUGGUGCACGGCGUAUACAUGAAGG